AUGUUGAAGGUACUAUUAUCGGCUUGCCUAGCCUCUUCGGCUGUCGCAUUUGUUCACCCUGGCUUGUUACAUACCACGAAAGAUCUAACCAGAGUCAAAGAGUAUGUCAACAAGGCCGAGGAGCCCUGGAAUACAACAUAUAAGUUGCUCAGUAGCAAUUCGCUUGCCCAGUCGACGUACACGCCCAACGCGCAACAAGUGAUAUACCGCGGUUCCGAUGGCACCCAUGCUCAAAACUAUCCAACCCUCUAUAAAGAUGUGCAUGCCGCAUACCAGCUUGCGAUACGCUGGCACGUCGAGGGGGUUGAGGAUUACGCCAACGCCUCUAUCAAUAUCCUGAAUGCAUGGGCAACAACUCUGGAGUCUAUCGGCGGUGAUAGUAACGGGUUCCUAGCAGCAGGGAUAUAUGGUUACCAGAUAGCCAACGCCGCCGAGCUUAUGCGCGACUACAGCGGCUGGAACGCCACAUCCCAAGACAAGUUGAAGACGAUGCUCGUGAAUGUCUUCUAUCCCCUCAACUAUCGAUUCCUCACCACACACAACGGCCAAGAUGAGUACCAUUAUUGGGCAAACUGGGACUUCUGCAACCUUGCCGCCAUGAUGGCCAUUGGUGUGUAUACCGAUAAUCAGACCAUGUACAACUGGGGCCGGGACUACUUCCUGCACGGAGAUGGCAGAGGUGCCAUCAAUAACUUCAUAUACGCGAAUUUCACUGAAGAAGGAACCGGCAAGAGGCUGGCACAAGGCCAGGAAGCAGGCCGAGAUCAGGGCCACGCAACCUUAGAUCUGGCGUUGCUUGGUGUCAUCAUGCAGCAAGGAUAUAACCAAGGAGAAGAUCUCUUCGCUGAGAUGGAUAACUCGGGUCUAGCUGCGGCCGAGUACGUAGCGAAAUAUAAUACAGGCCACGACGUGCCCUACACAUGGUAUAACAGCUACCUCGGAAACCAGACUGUGAUCAGUGAAAAUUCUCGUUACACACACAGGCCUGGUUUCGAGCUAUUGUAUGCUCACUAUGCGGGUGUCAAAGGUCUAGAUGCUUCGUGGACUAAGUUGUACCGAGAUGAAGUGAAUGGUAAUAGUACCGACAAGGUCGAAGGUGGCGGUAGUAACUAUGGCGGUAACAGUGGUGGCUAUGACGAUCUGGGAUUUGGAACGCUCCUUUACCGUCUUACAGCUUAG